GGGGCGGAGCGGCACCGCGCGGGCCGACUGCUCCUGCACCUGCAGCAGGACGCGCUGCCGCGGCCCCUGCGGCCGCCGCUGCCCCCAGACCCGCUCUGCCUGCACAACUCGUCGCUCUUCGCGCUGCAGAACUUGCAGCCCUGGGCCGAGGACAACAAGGUGGCUUCGGUGUCCGGGCUCGCGGCGGAGCGGCACCGCGCGGGCCGACUGCUCCUGCACCUGCAGCAGGACGCGCUGCCGCGGCCCCUGCGGCCGCCGCUGCCCCCAGACCCGCUCUGCCUGCACAACUCGUCGCUCUUCGCGCUGCAGAACUUGCAGCCCUGGGCCGAGGACAACAAGGUGGCUUCGGUGUCCGGGCUCGCGUCGGUGGUGUGAGCUCGCC